CCUUCUUCUAUGGAGGAAAGCUGGGGACAGAUUUUGGUCUUGUUAUGUCUCUGGGGUUGUGGUCAGGUCCCUGGUUAAGACUGGGAUACUCCAUGGCAGCUCCUCUUCUCCAGGCCUUCACCAUGGGCUCCCAGACCUGUCACCCAAAGUGCACCCCCCCACCCCACCAGGCAGGCCCGGAGCAGGAGGCGCCGGGUGGGUCCCCACUAGCCGGGGCGGGGUCCCGUGGGGCUGGGGCGGGGCUGACGGCGGGCAGGGCCGCCCCUUCCAGCGAGGGCGGGCGGCCUUGGCCAUUAAAAGCCUGCAGACGGUCGGCAAAGGAGAGGCCCGGGUCAGUCCCCACACCAUGUCCUUGCGCUCCCGGCCAGAGUGCGCCUGAGCUGCCCGGGGCCUCGGUGUUUCCGCGGGUCUCGCGCCGCCGCCUCUUUACGAUGCAGGCGCGCUUGCUGCUUCCCGCCGCGCUGGCCGCGCUGGCCACGCUGGCUGUGUUGGCGCUGGCUCGGGAACCCCCGACGGCGCCGUGCCCUGCGCGCUGCGACGUGUCGCGCUGCCCGAGCCCGCGCUGCCCCGGGGGCUAUGUGCCCGACCUCUGCAACUGUUGCCUGGUGUGCGCUGCCAGCGAGGGUGAGCCCUGCGGUAGCCCCCUGGACUCGCCGUGCGGCGACAGCCUGGAGUGCGUGCGCGGUGUGUGCCGCUGCCGUUGGACCCACGCAGUGUGUGGCACGGAUGGGCACACCUAUGCCGACGUGUGCGCGCUGCAGGCCGCCAGCCGCCGUGCCCUGCAGAUCUCCGGGACGCCGGUGCGCCAGCUGCAGAAGGGCGCCUGCCCCUCGGGUCUCCACCAGCUGACCAGCCCGCGGUACAAGUUCAACUUCAUCGCCGAUGUGGUGGAGAAGAUCGCGCCAGCUGUGGUCCACAUAGAGCUCUUCCUGAGGCACCCUCUGUUUGGCCGGAAUGUGCCGCUGUCCAGUGGUUCUGGCUUCAUCAUGUCAGAGGCUGGUUUGAUUGUCACCAAUGCCCACGUGGUCUCCAGCUCCAGCACCGCCUCAGGCCGGCAGCAGCUGAAGGUGCAGCUGCAGAAUGGGGAUGCCUAUGAGGCCACCAUCCAGGACAUUGACAAGAAGUCCGAUAUCGCCACUAUUGUAAUCCACCCCAAGAAAAAGCUCCCUGUGUUGCUUCUGGGUCACUCAGCGGACCUGCGGCCCGGCGAGUUUGUGGUGGCCAUUGGCAGCCCCUUUGCCCUGCAGAACACUGUGACAACGGGCAUUGUCAGCACUGCCCAGCGGGAUGGCAAGGAGCUGGGCCUCCGGGACUCAGACAUGGACUAUAUCCAGACAGAUGCCAUCAUCAAUUAUGGGAACUCCGGAGGACCCCUGGUGAACCUGGACGGUGAGGUCAUCGGCAUCAACACACUCAAGGUUGCAGCUGGCAUCUCCUUUGCCAUCCCCUCGGAUCGCAUCACACGCUUCCUCUCCGAGUUCCAGAACAAGCACGUGAAAGACUGGAAGAAGCGCUUCAUUGGCAUCCGGAUGCGGACCAUCACGCCAAGUUUGGUGGAGGAACUGAAGGCCGCCAACCCAGACUUUCCAGCGGUCAGCAGCGGGAUAUACGUGCAAGAGGUCGUUCCCAACUCACCUUCUCAGAGAGGAGGCAUCCAAGAUGGCGACAUCAUCGUCAAAGUCAAUGGACGCCCCUUGGUGGACUCCAGUGAGCUGCAGGAGGCAGUCCUAAAUGAGUCCCCACUCCUGUUGGAGGUGCGGCGGGGGAAUGAUGACCUCCUCUUCAGCAUCGCCCCUGAGGUGGUGAUGUGAAGCUACCUUCCUCCAGUGCCAUGCCAAAGCCUAUACAAACGGCGGAGUCCCAACCUUCAUGAGAUCAGGACGAAGCAUUGCUCACCUCAGCACCUCAGCAGGGUCAGCAGGCUCCUCUCUGCAUCUGGGGCUGAGUCCAAGACUGGGCGUAACCAGAAGUCUGUAUCUCAGCCUCGACUCUGAAUUCCAGUUCCAAUGGAGGAAGCACAGUGUCCCCUGGACCAAACGCUCCUGAUGUCAUCUUCUGAGUUCUCUGAAUUUAGAAGCUCCUAGAAACUUCCCUGGAAGUCUGCCCUUCCCCCAGGUUCCCAUCUCUACCCUCAGGAAGGCCCACCUGCCUGACUCCCAUCCCACCUCCCUUACAUCCCAGUGCCUAGACCUCUCCCCUCACAAGUGCUUUCCUGACCCCAUCUGGUCCAUCUGCCUCAGCACCCCCUCAUGGUAAGACAGGGGCUGCUUGCCCUACCACCAGGCAUCCCUCGGGGGCAGGUCCUAUAGCUGUCCCCUGGAGAAUCCAGGGUCCUGAUCCGGAGCAGGUAAAUGCCCCUCAUUGCUGAGCCGAGCUCUGUGCUGGCCCAGGCAGCCGGGAAGCAGAGUGUCAUCAUACAGUCUCCAAUCCUGAAAGCUCAUUCUCCCAAGGUCACCAUAUGGUGGCCAGAGAGGGAGCUGGCACCUGCCUGAGGUGCAAGGACUGAGCCACUUCACCUCUGCACGCAGUUCUGGGUGUGCCAGCCAUCUCUGAAGACUGCCACCCAGCAGCCAGCAGGCUCCCGAGGGCAUCUUGGUUCUCCCUAGUGUUUCAAGUGUAUUUGUGAGCUUUGUUGUAAAAUUGCCCCCACCCCCCAGGUUGCUUGUACUGUAUGUUUCUCUACUGUACGAAAUUAAAGUUUACAAGCACAUGGCUGUCA